UUGAUCUGUGAGGUCACUUGGUUGCGCUUCUUGCUCGCCGUGCCAAGGCGUACAUGUACCUGAAAUUCUUGAAUGUUAGAACUAGGCUUAAAAUCCAUAUUUUGAUUUAGUAAAUAAUGGUUCUAUUAAAUUUGAAGUUUAUGAAACUGUGCUUGCGUUCGCGCUCUUUUUAUAAUCAAGUUUCUAACUUCUCUCUCUGGAGACUCUGUCUUUCUUCACCCAGGCAGCCAAGAAGAACUCAGGCGGUGGCGGUAGCGGUAGCGCCAGCGGUGGUAGGUCAAGAUAAACCUUCAUUCUGGGGCCUAGCAGGGCUAGGCCUAGGUGCAAGCCUAACGGAAUGUCAUUUGGUUGAAACUAAUUCUCUAGUUUGUACGAGUGAACAAAUUGCUGAUAACAAUAUUAACAAAAUGCUGUACAAAUAUGAGAAGACUUUUAAAGGUGGCUGGUGGAACAGACCAACAACAAGGAUAGGCCAUAACCACCUCAACAAUGCACUGCUUCAACACAUUUUGAACAACACCAGCAACAGUAUUUUGACAAGGAAUAGUUGCGUCAGUGCGUAUCAUUAUGUUUGUGUACGAAAUUAUGCAUCAAGAAAAAAACGGCAAGUAAACAAACAACCUGAUACUUAUAAUGAAUCAGAUGAAGAGGAUUCUGAUGAUUCGGAAUAUUUUGAUACAGAUGAUGAUAAUGAGGACGUUGAUGCUUUGCCAAAAGGCUGGAAAGAUCUUGUACAGGUUGUCCCCUCUCUUCGGUUAGAUACCGUUCUAAGCGCAGGGCUUGGAAUUGCUAGAAAAAAAGUUGAAGAUGCAUUUCUUUCAAACAAAUUACGGGUUAACAAUGAGAAAAUUUCAAAGAAGAGCAAAAUGGUAAAGGCAGGUGAUGUCCUCGACAUUAUCAGAGAUGGAGAAGACAAAAAAGAUGGUACGGUUAUGCGGGUAAUUGUACUGAAGAUUGCUACAGAAAAGACAAGUAAAGAUCGAAUACGUGUGAAAUUGCGGCGAUGGAAAAAACUUGAUCUAAAAAACGCACCAGCCAACAGCUAAAUCAUUGAUAACUUUGGAACAUAUUUUCAUUAGACUUUAAAAAAUGUGAAAUACAGUACCUUGAAUUUGAGUUUAUCAGUGAAAUAGAAUAAUAUUCAUCUAGAAAAGUUAUUUUUUAAAACCGCAAUCGCACUGGACUUAUAUUAGUAAAACUAACCAAGAUGAGCAGCCCAAAGAAACUUUCUCUCAGGAAACUUGUCGAUACGAGCAGUUAGUUUGAUCGAGUGGAUAGUACCCAGUAGGCCUAAUCUGAUCAUGCAUCUCAGUUAAACUUCCUACAGUAAGUCUUUCAAGUGCUACACAAUGGAGAUUUCACGGAUUUGCACCCACAAUAGUUGUGAAUUUUGAAUCAACACUAUGCCCAUGCAAAAUUAGGAUGUUUUAAGAUGAAAAUUUGAUGUUUUUAAUGUGCUAGUAAAGCCAGAUGUAGUUCUAUGGAUAAUGCACCUCCAUAAUACACGCGCAGUGGAUCGUUUUUAACAGCAAUCCGUUCAGACAGUCACUGACAAUCUGCAGGUGACGGCACGUUGUCUAACGCUCACAGGAAACGGACUUGGAUUCUUCGGCCGACGGUCGUACAAUGCAGCGGGUCCCUGGCUUAAAACAUUCAUUAUACUGUUUCUUUACUGCUUUACAGUAUGCUCAGUUUUACUUUUAACUGUACUUUUACAGAUAAUCCGUGUCAGGUCAAAACAAGGGGUUAUUAGCAAAAGAUAAAAUAUUUAUUUUCAUGAGAAACAAUAUUGCCAUAAGGCUGCAUAUGGCCUGCGGGCUGCACUUUGCCUACCUGGUGACUUAGGGCCUAACCCUAAUCCAUAUAAAAAUAAUUAAUAUUAGUUUUGUGAUAUGCAUGCCAUGGUUUGAAAAUAAUAAAGAUUCUUAAAGGACACCUGUA